CCAAACUCUCAUUCAUUCAUACUCUCUUUUAGCAAGUGUAAUUAUAUUCCUUUCUAACUAUUUUAUACUACUACAUUGUUGUUAUUUUGUUAAAAAAUAGCUCCCUCACACAAUAUUCAAAAAUGACAUCAACUUCAACUUCUUUUAGUAGCAUUUGGGCUAGUCCAAAAUCUACAUUACCAUCCUCAUCUCAUAAAUUCUCACCAUCUUUCACAAAUUUCCCUAGUAAAAAAGUUGCAAAAAUCAAUAGUGCACUUGUUACUUUACCAAAAAAAUCAAAAUCUCAAUCUCAUUUCGAGUUACCAUUGUCAAAAACACCAGACUCAUGGAACUUGUUACAAAAACUAUCCGCUAUGGCUCUAGACGCCGUCGAAAACGGGCUAAUUCAACACGAAAAAAAACACCCAUUACCCAAAACAGCUGAUCCGAAUAUCCAAAUAUCCGGGAACUUUUCUCCUGUACCGGAACAACCGGUUCAAAGUAACUUACCGGUUAUAGGCAAAAUCCCGGAUUAUAUAAACGGAGUCUACUUACGAAAUGGGGCUAACCCGUUAUUCGAACCAACUUCGGGCCAUCAUUUAUUUGAUGGUGAUGGUAUGGUUUACUCUGUAAAAUUCGAUAACGGGUCAGCGAGUUACGCUUGCCGGUUUACCGAAACACAAAGACUUGUUCAAGAACGUGCACUUGGUAAACCGGUUUUCCCGAAAGCAAUCGGGGAGCUCCAUGGGCAUUCGGGUAUAGCGAAAUUGUUAUUGUUUUAUGCACGUGGGUUAUGUGGGCUUGUUGACCAUAGUCAAGGCAUUGGGGUGGCGAAUGCGGGUUUGGUUUAUUUUAAUAACCGGCUUUUGGCUAUGUCGGAAGACGAUUUGCCGUACCAGGUUAAGGUUAUGUCUAAUGGGGAUUUGAAAACGGUCGGAAGGUAUAAUUUUGAUGACCAGUUGAAGUCAACUAUGAUUGCACACCCGAAACUUGACCCGGUUUCAGGGGAGUUGUUUGCACUUAGUUAUGAUGUCAUUAAAAAGCCGUACUUGAAGUAUUUUCGGUUUUCGGCUGAUGGGAAGAAGUCGAAAGAUGUUUCAAUUGAUUUGGGGAAACCUACAAUGGUACAUGAUUUCGCAAUCACCGAGAAUUUCGUGGUGGUCCCGGAUCACCAGGUGGUUUUUAAGAUGUCGGAGAUGAUCACCGGUGGGUCUCCGGUCGUUUAUGAUAAAAAAAAGGUGUCAAGGUUUGGUGUACUUGAUAAGUAUGCCGAAAAUGAUUCGGGGAUUAAAUGGGUUGAAGUGCCGGAUUGUUUUUGUUUCCAUCUUUGGAAUGCAUGGGAAGAACCCGAACACGACGAGGUUGUCGUGAUCGGGUCCUGUAUGACUCCUGCUGACUCGAUAUUUAAUGAGAGUCACGAGGAGUUAAAAAGUGUUUUGUCUGAAAUUAGAUUAAAUUUAAAAACCGGAAAAUCGACUCGUCGAGCGAUAAUUUCGCCCGAAAGCGACGUUAACCUCGAAGCCGGGAUGGUAAAUAAACACCUUCUAGGGCGAAAAUCGCAAUAUGCUUACUUGGCAAUAGCCGAGCCAUGGCCUAAGGUUUCGGGUUUUGCUAAAGUGGACCUCUCGACGGGCGAAACAAAGAAAUUCAUCUAUGGGGACCAAAAAUACGGGGGUGAACCUUUGUUUCUCUCCCGAGGCCCAAACUCUGAAAGAGAAGACGACGGACACAUCUUGACAUUUGUACACGACGAAAAGACAUGGAAAUCGGAACUCCAAAUCGUUAACGCCAUCACAUUAGAAUUAGAGGCAACAGUGAAGCUACCCUCAAGAGUUCCAUAUGGUUUCCAUGGGACAUUUGUAAGUGCCAAAGAUUUGGCUACACAAGCUUGAAGAAAGUUGAAAGAGUGUCAAAAUGUGUCAUUUUUGGUUCAAGUUCGUGUUCAGUACAGGUUCAAGAAGCGGUGAUCCGUACAUAUAUAGCUACACUACUCCGGUUAUAGCAGAGAUUUUGCCAGAGGGAUGGUUGCAUAUACGUCCCCGGGAAAUCUAGUCCGGAAAGUUAAAAUGUUAAAUAGUAUUUGAGUACAUACUUUUUUUAGCACAGUCUGUUUGUAUUAAAGAUUAUAUUAUCAUUGGUCAUAGAAGCAAAUAUAUUUUGUCAUAGUUACAAAUACAAA